CCUCGAGCUCCAGCAGGCAAGUGACCAGACAGAAGGCGUUUUUGCACGCGCUGCGCGGAGACUGGCGCUGUACGAGAGUGGAGUAAUUCGGUUCAUAAUUUGUGUUGUACACGGGAGCCACUGCGACUGAAGAUCGAUGGACAAAGGAACUUCAAAUUCCACGUCGUUUCCCCCUCAAGUGGCGCUGGUACGGAAUACGGAACGGAAGAUAUCGCAACUUAAACAGAGAACGGUCGGGAGGAAUCUCGCUGACUGUUCCCGUCGUAGUAAAAAGGGCACAUGUACAAAUGAUCCGCGAACCAGAACUGCUUUGUCCAGGUUCCUCGUUGUUACACAAGGGCCUAGGUUCCUUAUUGCGACACAACAAGUCGCCGCGACGCUGAGAGUUUCUAGUUGAUGGGAAUCACAAAACUGUCAAGGUUCGUAUUGGACUGUCUGCUAACGCUCCUGUGUGUCGCGGAAAUACGUCGGGCACACGCACAUACGCACUUUUGUUUUCCGAGGAAAGCAGGAAAGGAAAGCGUUUUUGCGCGAGGGCAGUUGCGCUAACGCAAGAAAGCGGGACUUUCAGGUUUCCUUGUUGGUUCUCGGGCAAACAACUCCGCCGAAGUCAAGCAAUCCAGUCCGCUUCUCAGAGAAGUCCGAGCACCACGUCGACUUCGUCGGAGUCUCGCGGCCGCCGCCUCUCCUGACACAAGCGUCCACCGUCAACCUCUCGUCUUUUUCGUUCCUUCUCGUGUGAAUUCUUCCUUAUCCCCUUCAGAGAAUCAAGAUGGCCAGCUCUUCGGCUGCGCCUGCUGGCCCCGGCUCGCACUCUGAGGCUUCUUCGGGGGACGCAAAGGGCGGAGAGACUUGCUACUGCUCGCUGUUGAAUUUUCUGCUCAUGGUCGGAGAGCUGAAGAAACUGAAGAGGACUGGCUGGAAGCUCUCUGGAGUUCGCGGUCCAGAGAGCGUCGCCGAGCACUCGUUUCGCGCGGGAAUCUGCGCCUUCCUGAUUGGAACUGAUCCGCAAUCUUCCAAAUUGAUUCGCGAAAACAAGCUGGACAGAAACAAAUGUAUCAAGAUGGCCCUCGUCCACGACCUUGCCGAGGCUCUCGCAGGCGACAUCACACCGCACUGUGGUGUAUCUGCAGAGGCAAAGAGAAAACAGGAACGUGAGGCACUCGAGAAAAUUCUACGGCCUCUCCCUGCGUCCGCAGGCUCGUCUUUUCUUUCCUGUGACCAGUGCAGAACACCCGCGACCAGCAAGCAGGGAGCGGACGCGAUUCCUCCGGCGCUCCCAGUUGGCGAGGAAAUUCUUUCUCUCUGGGAGGAGUACGAAGAAGGAACUACGGAGGAAGCGAAAUACGUGUUUGACAUCGACAAGUUUGAAAUGAUUCUCCAAGCUUUCGAGUACGAGUCGGAUCCCUCUCAGGAAGGGCCGUCCAGUGGGCCGUUUUACCACAGGGCGCAGGAAGAAACAGAAGAGAAAGAGCACCAGCACCACACAGAAGCCGCGGCAGAGGAGAACGGCUCCAGGAAAAGAAGACGGCUGUACAUGCCAUCCUUCUACAGGUCAACAGAGAAUGUGUUUCGCAGUGACCUUUUCAAAAGCCUGGAUUUCGUUCUCAGAAACCGAAGAGGAACGCUCCCGCAAGUGCAGAGGGCCGCCAAGCUGGAGGCUCAGAACCAACAAGAUGCGGGAAAAUAAAAAGUAUUAGUCGGUUGCAUGUGGAGAACUCAGGCAUUUUCAAAUUGUCUAAAUGCAGCAAUGAGUCGACGUUGGAGAUUGAGGGGUGUUGCACUGGAAUCCCGAAAACAAGUCUUGCGCGUUUGCCUCACGGCAACGCGACAGAAAAGAGAACCAACAGCCAGAGUGCCCUCGCACAGACGCAGGGAGAAGCACCAGACAAGACAUAGAUUUGUACUUGUACGCACGCGUUAUGACCUUUUCGUGGAGGGUGUAGCAGCCUUCUGGCUGGUCCUCUUGGCAGCUGAGGCAAACCAUAUUGGAUCGGUUCUGCCACAAUUUUCAUCGCUACUCUCUGAACCACCGAGACUGCGUUGACCACUGAGGCACGUCGUGAGAGAAACCACAUCAGAUACAUGCCAGCCCAUCAUCUGCUUCAGCAGUAUGCGCCUCACAGGGUCUUACUAAUGCUGGCAGCAUGCGAAUGGUCGAUAUGGCCCUGUUUUCGGAGUUGCCGCUGAGGAACGACAUCAAGUGUCUCAGGACUACAAAGUACAUGCUGCAUCACAAAUGAUGGACAUGACGACCGAAUAAUCUGGUGAAUCUCGAUAGUGUCGUAUCAUGUCACUCCAACCACUCAGUUCCUUUAGGUUGUAUCUGUUCUUUGUCCAAGCCACAAGUCUUAUGUCCCUGUGCUCCUGCAUUCUGUGUUCCAUAUCCAUAGUCCUAUACUGACGUACUCAAGUGUGACGGUGUGGUUACCUCCGUGUUCAUUGUCCCGGAACCACCGGUUCUAGUUUAAAAUAUUGUCACUCGUGUCUUCAAGGGUGUCCGGUGGAACUGUAACGAACGGACAUACGGCAUUGUUGUAAGAGCCCUUCCGAC